AAUAAGAGAGAGAGAGAGUAGAAAAACCAACAAAGAAUCAGGGGAAAUUCUGAGUUACUCUGUUUUUCGCAUUCUGAUUCCAUCUUAAUCUAAACCAUUUUCCCUUAAUUGUUGUUCAUAUUUUAUUCUUAAAGUUAUCAUGUUGCACUUUGAUUUCUUUGAAAUUCUAUCAAUCAACUAAUAAGUUACACAAUUAAAUCUUUCAUCUGAUUGUUAUGUUGUUUGUUAAUUGAAGGCGAUGAAUAUUUUAAUUGUUUGCUCUGUGGUUCCAUCAUCAUCAUCGUCAUCAUCAUCAUUAUCUAAUUUAGUUCAUGAAUUAUCAUGGGUUGUCGUUUAAGUAAAUCAUAUUUAACUAUAAUUGAAUCACCAUCUAAUAGCGGAAUGAACAAUCAAUCAAUUGAAUCAGUUAAAGAUGCACAUGAAUUGAUUAACUUUCUCAGGGACGAAAAUCAUUCAAAUUAUAAAUGCAUCUUCAUCUUUGGUGGCUAUGGUUCCAAUAAAGGUGAAUUUAUAUUUGAUCUCCUAAAUGAUGAUCUAAAACGAGGUGAUAAAAUUAAAGACCAACUUGGUUGGCAUUACGUUUACUUGGAUGUGGAAGAGUUAAUUGUGAAAAAUAUUAAGAAACGGGUUAAACAAUUAACUGGACCAAUUAAUGAUAAAGGAGAUGAUGAUCAAAGUGAAGGUGAAACUGUAAAGACAAGUGAAAGUGACAAUCAAUCAAACAAUCAACAGGAAGGUCAAGAACUAAAGGAAAAUGAAGUUGAUUGUAAAUCAGAAAAACAACGUGAAGAUAAUUUAAAUUGUAAAUUGUCGUUUGAUUGCGAUGAAAUUAACGAUAAUUUGGAAACUGAAUCGUUCCAAGUUGAUGGUCGAUGGGAAGACACUGGUUUUCUUAAGAAAUAUUUCAGCGAAUUGACCAAUGUGAUUACCAACAAUUGGGUUCGAUCAUUAAUCGAGAAAGAGAUUAUCAAUUUCGAUUCAGUUGACCCGCGAACUAAAUUCAUAAUUAACUUGGUUCCCAAUCGAAUUAAUUUAUUCCGUGAUUGUCUUUACCUCAAACAAGGACCAAAUUUGAUGAACUUCGAACACAAUUAUGUGGCCGUUAAUCUUAUUCGAGCAGAUCAAACUCGAAAAGAUUUGGAUCUGAUAUUUGAUUUUCACUCGUACGAAGAUAUAAGUGAUUAUUUUGUUGAAUAUUUUCGUUCGAUUAAAAAAUUGAUCGAAGUGAAAAUUGAGUCUAAAAAAAUGGAACCACAAUUGAGAAUCAGCAGAUUAUCAAGCGCAGUUAAAAUUAAAGAUUGCCAACAAUUGGAACAAUUGAUUAAGUGUCUUUCUGUUCAUGAGACACUCGAAGUGGACAUUAGCGAGUUCAGUCACACUUUCGACCGUAAAGGUUCAUUGGUGUUUUUGAUCGAUAAUCAAAUCGACACUGGAAGAGAGAUAAUCGCAAUUGAUUCCAGUGAAACGGAUGUUAAAUCAAUUCGCAAUUUUGUCCACUUCUAUUGCCAAAUUAAGGAAUCAAUCGAUCAUUAAUCAUCAUCAAAUUAACCUUCUAAUUAAUCUGUUGAUUGUACAAAAUAUAUUCGAUUAUAACUCAUCCAAAUAAACGAUAAAAAAGUUCUAAUUGUAAAUUAUUUUCCAUUUUGAAUUCUGUCUUCAUGAUGGAAUCAAUUCUUUCAUGAAUUCGAUAAGUUCAAUUCUCGAAUUCUCUACUUCGAUUGUUGAAAUUUCUU